CACAGGGACUCUGGCAUGCAUUUAUUUAUUUUUUUGUGGUUUGAACUGAGGGCCUCGCACUUGCUAGAACUGCACCCUACCACUUGAGCCAUGCCCUCAAUCCACAAUACAUUAAUUUCUGUAACAUUUUUGAGAAUUCAUCCGGGAAGGGCUGCAGCAGAAAUCUCAGGCUCCUGGGCACCAAGUGGGAGAAGCGACAGAUUUAGGGCUUCUGGCCCAAAGCGCCACUGGUCAUCAAGUUACACACUCACUUCCCAGCUGCCGGAGAUAGGAAGAUGGACACCCAGCAGGGUGGCCCUAUUCCCACUUUAGAAGAUCCCGCAGGCUGUUCUGAGUACUUGUCCUGCCAGCCCCGAACGGCGCCUCCUGGCUGCAGCCCGGGUGCGUAUCACUGGCUAGGUCUCCAAACAGGAAAAGGUGAACUCGCCCAGGCAGGCCCUAGCUCCAGUUCCACAUCGCGGCCCACCUUGAUGCCGAGGCCGUGUGAGAGCCCACCGCCAUUCCUAGCGGAGGUCUCUGCGGUCUUCUGCCCAGCGCCAGGCCAUCACGCUGACCGCAUCUCUGGGACGACUUAUCAAUCGCCUAGCCACCCUCUCCCCAUGAGGUGGCAUUCUUUCCCCCUCCCCCACACUAACUUCGGACUUUGGAGGAGGGUGGCCUCAAGAACUGGCUCGCCCCGCCGCCCCGAAGCCGGUACCCUGACUAGCUACCGCCCAGUCCCCUGGUCCCGUCCCUGGCCUAGUGAUGACAGUUUAGAGAUGAGUUUCCAAAAAGGGCCAUCAGAAGAAUUAAGAUGGACAAUUCCGGCGGCAUCUGCCCAAUAGUACCAAGCGAUCCCAGCAGCCACACAGCCAGCAAUUAACGCGAGAAAUGCUUGUUGCCGCGAGAACUAAACUGGCUGUCAGAAAGCCUCCAGUCACUACGCAAUCCUAAUUUUGCCAAGCACCCUCCCCCACGACGUCGGCGCGCGAUGACGCACUGUACGCAAGCCACGGGAAGGAAGCCCACAGGAGCGCGCCUACAUUUCUUUCCGCUCUCGGUUCUCCACAGUCUCUUCCUGUUCCUCACUUCCGGUCCCUUCCGUUUAUCUUUCCGACAAAAAGACCAGUCUCUGUUGGCAGUUAGGAUCUUCAGUUCCUGCGAGGAUCCGCCUUGUCGGAGGCGGUCGACCUUCCUGGCCCGCAGCCGCGUGGCGCCCGGGAGGCGCCCUCUCCCGCAUCAUGGCCCGAAAUGCAGAAAAGGCCAUGACGGCCUUAGCAAGAUUUCGCCAAGCUCAGCUGGAAGAGGGAAAAGUGAAGGAACGAAGACCCUUCCUUGCUUCUGAAUGUACCGAGUUGCCCAAAGCUGAGAAGUGGAGACGACAGAUCAUUGGAGAGAUAUCAAAAAAAGUAGCUCAGAUUCAGAAUGCUGGUUUAGGUGAAUUCCGAAUUCGAGACCUGAAUGAUGAAAUUAACAAGCUGCUGAGGGAGAAAGGACACUGGGAGGUCCGGAUAAAGGAGCUGGGUGGCCCUGACUAUGGAAAAGUUGGCCCUAAAAUGCUGGAUCAUGAAGGUAAAGAAGUCCCAGGAAACCGAGGCUACAAGUACUUUGGAGCAGCAAAGGAUUUGCCUGGUGUUAGAGAGCUGUUUGAAAAGGAACCCCUUCCUCCUCCCAGGAAGACGCGUGCUGAGCUCAUGAAGGCCAUCGAUUUUGAGUACUAUGGUUACCUGGAUGAAGAUGAUGGCGUUAUUGUGCCUUUGGAACAAGAAUAUGAAAAAAAACUCAGAGCUGAGCUAGUGGAAAAAUGGAAAGCAGAGAGAGAGGCCCGGUUGGCAAGAGGAGAAAAGGAAGAGGAAGAGGAGGAGGAAGAGGAGGAAGUCAACAUCUAUGCUGUCACCGAGGAGGAGUCUGAUGAGGAGGGCAGCCAGGAGAAAGGAGGGGAGGAUGGACAGCAGAAGUUCAUUGCUCAUGUGCCGGUGCCAUCACAGCAGGAGAUUGAGGAGGCGCUUGUACGAAGGAAGAAAAUGGAACUGCUCCAGAAGUAUGCGAGUGAGACCCUGCAGGCUCAGAGUGAAGAAGCCAGGAGACUCCUGGGGUAUUAGGGAAAGCAGAGCUAUCCUUGGAGUCUGGAAGAUCUCGUGAAGCCUGUGACCCCCCACCACAGGACCACCUGCUUGCACAGCCACCCCAGGCUGGCUGGCGCUGUAAGGUCCCUGAACCUUUCUCAUCUUUCUUUCUUUUACCUUUUCUGGGCUCUGUCCCCUAUCUCCCUGAUAGGCUGUCUUGUUCCGAACACUGCAGCUGUCACUUUUGUACAAAUGAAUCCAUUAAUUUUUAUAUAGAGUGUGUACAACAGGGUGCCAGGUUGGCUGCUUGUGUUUUACUCUGCCUUGGACUGUGAUUUUGGGAGGAGAAGAAUCAAUUAAGAGGCCAACAUUAAAAAAUGUGAUUUUUCUACUUCUUUUGAAAACUGAGAUGAUGUGUCUAUCCAAGACUGAAUCCCAGGUUCUAUAGCCAGAGCCAUUGAGGUGCUGGCCACUGCUCUGCUUUUCCAUGAGGCCCUCAGCUUGCUUCACCCUCUCCCUGUGGGGGAGGCAGGAAUGUUGAGCUUGCAACUUCUGUUUUAUAACCUGUUCUGAGGAAGGUUGUUUUUAUUAAAGAUUUU